AUGGAUUCGUCAUUAUCUGCUCUACUUGAAAGGUUGCGUGGUCGAACGCCUGGCAGCACACUCAGCAGUCUCGGGCUGAAGACGUACAAUGAUAUCUUUAGUGCGGCAAACUCGAAUACAAACGCAACACCAAGAGAAUCACAUUCUACUGUCCAACCAAGCAUAAUCGAUCGUGUUCCGGAUGUCCGUCCUGUGGGCCUGGCAUUAAGGAGGUCACACUCUACUGUCCAACCGAGUACACUUGGUUAUAUUCCAGAAACCGUACCUAUAGACCCGGCACUAGGGGCAUCACAAUCAACUGGCCAAUCAAGCAAACCAGUACCAGCGCAACCGCUCAUAGCACCAAACCCCACACAAGCUGCAGAGAUAACCAACGCGAGCCAAUAUCACCCGCACAAUGCACUGGGCAUGCAGCAAUGUAUGAGCAUUCUAAGCUUUUCAGAUGUGGAUCAACAUGGCCAACAAGAACUUGGCGCCAAGCGUAAGGCUGACCAACACGGACAAGAACAAAACAAAAGGCAAAAUCGAAGACAUGUUGAGAAUAGCAACCUUGAAGAGCAAACCCAGGCAUUCAAGAGAGCUAUUAAGCAUCUGGAAGAUGAAUUUACAGAGAAGGAGAGAAUAUCCUACACAAAAGAUUGGCGUAAGCCGGUCCCCCGUGAGAGGAAUAUAUCCACAGUCAUGGACUUUUAUCAAGCAUUUCACAACAUGGACACCCUACCCAUACACACAUGCAUGAUAUGCUAUCAGAAGAUCAGCAUGAUGGAGAUAAAAGAGCUUAGCUGGGAAGAGUGGACAAAUAGCGCAGCGAUGAAUAGCUGCCGCACGUAUUCAUGUCCAGAUUGCUUCCCUGUUGGCAAGGCUAUACCGAGCUGCGACAACUGUGCAAUGAAGAUCCGCGAAUGCAAUAUGUCGCGGGGCGGGAACUUGCAUCAAGCACUUGGUUGCGAGCACAUGUACCCGGAUGCUCUCAGAGACCUGACAUUGGUUGAGGAGAAGCUGAUUGCACUCAACACCCAUUUCGGCUUCGUUGCAAGAAUCAAAGUGACAAAAAGCACCAAACAGAGUACGGCAUAUGCACGCCAUGUAAAGGGUCAUAUAACUGUGUUUCCAAACAGUGUUCAAGACUUGGUUACCACAGUACUACCACAUCCGCUUCUACAAUCUUUGGAGGACAUCCAUAUAUCCUGGCAUGGGCCGCAGAGACCAGCCCCCAGCGAUCUAUCCAAGUUGCUCUCAGUCCGGAGAGGAGCUGUGGAACGGGCGUUGCUUUGGCUAAAAGAAUUUAACCCCCACUAUCGGCACAUCCAAAUCGACAAAGCCGAGUUGGAUAGCUGGGGAGAGCCGGCGCAUGGGGUUCCGAGCCAGAUCUAUGACAGGAUAGAGAGAGAUGAACCAUCGGCAUGGGAAGAAACGCGAACAGCGCACAUUGUGCCCCCAGCAGAACGUGGAAUGGAUGACGCUGGGCCUCAGUCACUCGAACAGAUUGUGGACGGGCUGGGCAGAGCGUAUGAUGAGAAUGAUGUAAGUUACGACGAGGAUCAGCAGCUCUAUGACGAGUGCAGUAGGGAGGAGCUCGAGUAUGAGGGCAUGGGAAGCUUUCUUGAUGAGAUCCUUGCAUCUGGUAUGUUUCCACUGGAUACAGCACCGCGAGCAACCGAUGCCGAUAAACUGCGAUUUGCUAUUGAUACAAUCAGAGGUGGACACACAAAUGCGCAAACACAGCCGCCCAACCAGUCGACUGGGAGCGCGCAGGAUUGCACCUUCAGCCAUACAUUCACAUUUCAAGAGGCAAUGAGUUUGCAGAUAGCAAUGAUCUCUGGCAUCUUGCAAAAGCAUUUCCAACACUAUUCCCUUCGGUUCGGUGGGCCACGGUGCAAGGAAGAGAUGGAAUCGGACCUGUGGAAGAACAGUGUCCAGCUCACAGGCAUGUCCGUGAUAGAGACAGUAUUGGAGAGGGUGGAGAGGGUGGAGAGGAUGCGAUUCGCCAACACGUAA